AAUUCUGAAAUGCUCCUACUUCCCAUUCCUUGCCAGUGUCUGUCUCAUUGAUUAAUUGUUCAAUUCACAAAGAUUCCUUAGAUUAGGCAGAAAAGAUGCUUAUAGGUGCCCAAAGUAAUCUUUUAGUGUUUUCAAUGACACAAAUUUUGUGGAACAAGGAGAUUACGCUCUUGUAGUUUUGCUUCUUAUUUUUCUGACGUUUAGCAUUUAAGAUGCUAAUUAAGUUUGAUGGAAAUCAUGUUGGAGUGUAAUUAGCAUUUGAGAUGUUGAUUAAGGCGUGAAGUUGAACUUGUGACUCAUGUUUUCACUCGUGGAUGCGGGGCCAUGGCGGUGAUGGAUUUAACUUUUCAUAUGCCGACCAUGACAUUUCAGCAUCAUAAGUGUCAUAGUUAAUGAUGAUUCGACGUCUAUAUAAGUAGGUAGUAAAGCAAGGGUGCUUGCAAAACGUUGCUCUGUUCUCAUCCCCUGAAACAAAAACCUGCUCUGUUUACUCUAAGCCAUGGUGGUAUUGACAAAGCCAUCCCUGGAGCAAGUCUCUCUCCCAACGCCGCACAAACCAAGGAGCUGCUUCUCCGGCAUUCCGGUCAUCGACAUGCUGGAGCCGGGCGCGGAGUCCCUCCUCGUGAAGGCCUGCGAGGAGUUUGGGCUCUUCAAGGUCACCAAUCAUGGAGUCCCCAUGGAGCUCGUUGCCAGGCUAGAAGAUGAAGCUGUCAAAUUCUUCAGCUUGCCUCAGAUGGAGAAGGAGCGUUCCGGCCCCGCAAAUCCUUUUGGUUAUGGAAACAGGAAAAUUGGCGGCAAUGGUGAUGUGGGUUGGCUGGAGUAUCUCCUUUUGGAGGUCACCUCCAAAUCCAUUUCGCAUGCUUCCCUUGCCUUCCUCAAAGAAACUUGCGCGAGAUCUUUUUGCUCUGUUUUGAAUGAGUACAUACAGGCAAUGAGGAGGCUGGCAAGUGAGGUUUUGGAGUUGAUGGCUCAAGGCUUGAUGAUUGAGCCAAGGAACAUCUUCAGCAAGGUGGUCAUGGACGAGGAGAGUGAUUCAGUGCUGAGGCUGAACCAUUACCCUCCAUGCCCACUGCUGCUGCAAGGGCUCAACGGCACCAUGACAGGGUUCGGAGAGCACACUGACCCACAGCUCAUCUCAGUGCUGAGGUCAAACAACACCUCGGGGCUGGAAAUCUCCUUGAGAGAUGGCACCUGGGUCUCCGUCCUCCCUGAUACAGAAUCCUUCUUCAUCAAUGUCGGUGAUUCCUUGCAGGUUCUGACAAAUGGGAGAUUCAGGAGUGUGAGGCACAGAGUGGUGGCCAAUGGAUACAAGUCCAGAGUGUCCAUGGUCUACUUCGGGGGGCCCCCUUCCAGGGAGAGGUUGGCUCCUCUGCCUCUGCUGAUGGGCGAGGGAGAGCAGAGUAUGUACAGGGAGUUCACAUGGUACGAGUACAAGAGGUGUGCCUACAGGAGCAGGCUGGCAGACAAUCGGCUAGAGCAAUUUGAGAGCUGAGAAGAAAGCCAUGCAUGCGAUAUCGAUCGAUCGAUGGAUCGAUAUGGCCUUGCUUUCAGGAUUAACCAAACAUAUUUUCUUCUACCUGUGAAAAUUGUUGUUAAUGAUGCCGAGAUGAUAAGAUGUGUGUAUAUAUUUAUAUUAUGCACCAAAAUGAAAUGACAUAUGGACUUUCUUUUCUAUCCU